GAGGAAACUAAAGUUCUGAGGGAUAAAGGGAAUUGCCCAUAAUCAAAUUCAGUUACGUUGUCACGUAAGACUUUAAAUGGAAGCUUUCAGAACCCUUGUGGGUACACGAUGACCAUGUUGCCUUCAUUAGUUUAGGUUGAGCUGUAGUGAGUUCCUCUUACUCCACCUUCUCAUGUUCUGCUGCCCAAUAUCAAUCCUUUUCAUUCAUUUAUUCAUUUAUUCAUCUAUUCAUUUACUUACUUACUUACUUACUUAAAAAAUCCAGAGUCAUGGUGCUGAAUGAGGGAAAUCAGAGCUCUGUGACCACCUUCAUCCUCUUGGGCUUCUCAGAAUACCCACCCCUCCAGGUGCCCCUCUUCCUAGCAUUCUUGACCAUCUACACGAUCACUCUGCUGGGGAACCUGGGCAUAAUCGUGGUCAUAAGGAUCCAUCCCAAACUCCACACACCCAUGUACUUUUUCCUCAGCCAUUUGUCCAUUUUGGAUAUUUGUUAUUCCAGUGUAUUCACACCCAAACUCCUAGAGAUCUUGGUUGUGGACGACAGAGCUAUCUCUUUCAAAGCAUGCAUGGCACAGUUUUUCUUUGUUUGUGCAUUUGUAAUUACAGAAAUGUUCAUGUUAGCGGUGAUGGCCUAUGACCGACUUGUGGCUGUUUGUAACCCCCUGCUCUACACAGUCGCUAUGUCUCGUAAGCUCUGUGCCCUCCUGGUAGCUGCAUCCUACACGUGGGGUGGGAUGUGUUCCUUGACAAUCACAUAUUCUCUUCUGGGACUGUCCUUCUGUGGUUCCAACACCAUAAAUCACUUUGGUUGUGAGUAUUCUGCCAUCCUCUCUCUAGCCUGUUCUGACCCCUACUUCAGUCAGAUGACGUGUUUCAUCAUUUCUACGUUCAAUGAGGCAUGUAGUCUCCUGAUUAUCCUCUCCUCCUACGUUUUCAUAGUUGUCACAAUCGUCAAGAUGCAUUCUACUGGCAGACUCCACAAAGCCUUCUCCACCUGUGCCUCCCACCUGACUGCCAUCACCAUUUUCCAUGGGACCCUCCUUCUUCUCUACUGUGUGCCCAACUCCACAAGCUCAUGGCUCUUCAUCAAAGUAGCCACUGUGUUUUACACAAUUGUCAUCCCCAUGUUGAACCCCCUUAUCUACAGCCUUAGAAAUAAUGAUGUGAAGGAGGCAGCCAGAAAGUUAAUUAACACCAAACUGUUUUCUCAUGCAAUGUAA